AUGAAUGCUCCAGAUAGAUUUGAACUUUUUAUAUUGCCAGAUGGUGUGGAUAAAAUAAAAAUAAUACCUGAUACAAAAGUACCGAACGCAGCAAUAGUUAAGAUUGAAAGAGAAGAUCAUACUUUAGCUAACUUAUUGAGGGCUCAAUUAUUAAAAGAUGAAAGAGUUUUAUUUGCUGCCUAUAAAGUUGAACAUCCUUUAUUUGCAAACUUUGUGUUAAGAGUUCAAACUGAGGACGAUUAUUCACCACGUGAAGCCUUACAGAAUGCGUGUUCAAGUUUGAUCAGUGAAUUGGAUGUGAUAAAAAGUAAAUUCAAUGAUGAAUGGGCACUUAAAGCACUUUUAAAUAAUACUGAAGAUGAUUUCGAGUACUAG